AUGUCGAAAGCGUUAGUACUGUACGGUUCGGAAGAAGAGCUCAAAAGCGCUGCGGCUCGCAAGAUACUGGUAGCCGCAGCUUGUGCGGGUGUAUCGUUGGCAACGUCAACGGCGGAUUCGAGUUCCUCCACAACGCUGACGCCUCGUUCCUCGGGAACGCUGGUCUUGGCAUUCGGGUCGUCCAUCCGCAUCGGUACGGUCAACGCCGCACUGCGUCUAAUCGCCAGUCUAGCACCCGCAAGCGGUCUUCUCGGUGAAUCGGAUACCGAUCAAGCCAAAGUAGAUGGUUGGUUGUCUUUCCUGUGGUCUUCGGUCGAUCUACCUUUGCAAGUAUUGGUACAGGAUCCCCAAAGCCAAGCGGCAUUGAAAGACCUUUUCGAUGUCUUGGUUAAUAUUGAUGCCCUUAUGCUACGGCAAACGUUUCUCGUGGGACACUCACCGACGUUGGCCGAUAUCCGACUCGCAUGGCGCACCAACCAUGGUUUGCCACCCCCGCUUCCCGCGCCCCCUCGCUACCAACAAGAGAUUCCACCACCCCCAACGGAACGCAAGGCGUUUUGCUGA